AUGGAGUGGUUGGGGCGCACGAUUUGGCCCAACAAAGGCUGCAACGAGGGGAGCGGCCUACCGCCCGGCUUCAACAACGCCAAGCUGCAACACAACAAGAUGGACCACCUCUACGAGCUGCGCGACCUCAUCCAAAACAACAGCCACCACAUACGCGCCGUCGUCGUAGACCGCCGGUCCGCUACCUCUUCCUCCUCUGCAUCGCCUUCCUCUACACCAGCCCACGGGCCGCGGCUCUACUCGAUGCUGCGGGUGCUCAAGGCCGGGCAGUGCGAGGAGGCCUGGCUCCAGUGCCUGCGCGAGGCCGUCCAGGUCCACCAGCGCAUGGCCGACCACCCACACAUCGCGCGCCUCCGCCACGUCUACGAAGACGACGAAGAGCUCUGCGUCAUGUCCGAUCACUUGCGAGGAACGAGGCUCUAUGAUGAAGUGCUCCGUAGAGGCCGGUUCAAGGAAGCCGAAGUUAUACCUCUGGUGAGCCAUGGGGUGGGUCUGGCCAUCCGCCCCGACGUCGUGUUCAUGGAGAACGCGAGCGUCGACGGAGACGCAGCCUCGCCGCGCUACUCCCUCUCGCUUCCCGAUCUCUUCCUCAUCAUCGCGCAGAACAUGGCCAAGGAGCGAAACGUGGACACCAACGGCUUCAGCGACAUGUCGGCGCCGCUGUGCUACACCGCGCCCGAAGUGCUGCAAAUGGAGCGGUGCGGCGCCACCUACUCCACCUUGUCCGCAGGCAACGCAGCAAGCGACGCGGCCGCUUCGCAGGGCGAGUCUGCUGCGUCAUCAGCGGCGGUCGCCGCUGCCGGCGUCAUGGACGGCUCGCCCGGGGCGCGUUCCAUGUGGGACACGUCGAAGAGCGACGUGUGGCAAAUCGGCACGAUCGCGUUCAUGCUGCUCUCCGGCGGUGUGCCGUCGCAUCCCUACUUUGCCGCCGCUGGCAGCAGCGCCGCCGCCGAGUUUGCGCUCCGUCGCGACGACAUGAUGAUCAUCGCGAGUACGGGCGCGGAGGCGAUGACCAUCAGCGAGCCGAUGAUGUCACCAGGUCGCGCCUGCACCUCGCCGCGGCUCGAUUUCACCGGUGACUGUUGGCUCGAUGUGUCCGAAUCCGCCAAGUGCUUCCUGGUGAGCCUGCUGGCCAACGACCCGGCAAAGCGGCCAACGGCCCGGCAGGCCCUGCGCCACCCUUGGCUGUGCGGUGGCGCGAUGAUGAUGUUGGAGGACAUAUGCGUCGAUACGAUCGUGGAUCACGUGGACGUGUUGCCCGACUACGCCGAGCGACUGCCCAAGUUUCUCGUGAAGAAGAUCACCACCAACACCAUCAACUACCGCGAAAUCGAAGCCGUGGCCGUGGCCAGUGACACGUCAUCAACGGCGCUGGUGGACUCCAGCGCCGGCGCCGGCGAUCUCGGCCUGGGCGACCUGGCCAGUCGGCACCUCUACGAGCUGGCCUCAGACAACUUUCUGUGGAAGCGCCUGUGCCUCGCCACCAUCAAGCGGGACCAGGGCCACGCCGACCACCACCACAACCGCGACCGCGACCGCGACGGCCACGAUGGCGACGGAGACGGCGAUGACCGAACGGCAGCGCCCCAGCACUUCGCUGAAGAUCAGGUCAAGCAGAUUACGUACGAGAGCAUCGAGGCCCAGUCGGCGUCGUCGCCGCUGUCGUCGCCGCCGCCGCUGUUCCUGUCGGCCUUCAAGCGGCGGCGGAAGAACACGAACAGCAGCGGCGGCGGCGGCGGCGGCAACAGUGCCGGCGGAGGGGGGAAGAAAAAGGCCCACGGCAAGGGGCGGAAUUCGGACUAUGCCAGCGCUCUACUCGCCAGCAUGGACAAGAAACAUCAAACGAUAGAGGCCGUGAACGGGCGCAUCAACACGGCGAAGAAAGUCGCACCCGAGCUCUGGUGUACGGUGCUCGGAGGUCAGCUGAUGCGGAAGGGCACGCACACGUGGACCGUUGAAAUCACGCACGCGGCCAACAGCCCGGGCGACAUCAUGGUCGGCGUGUGCAUGGCGGGCAUGGACGUGUCUACAAGCCCGAGCUGGUUGUCUGACAACGCCUGGCUGUACCACAUCAACCAGCGCAGUAUUUACCACAAGGGCGUGUCCACGCUGGCAAGAAUCCAAUGCGUUCUGCAAGGAAUCGACGUGCGAUUGAUCGCCUGCACUUUCAACAUUGACGAAGGCACCCUCGCCAUUUCAAUCAACGAUCACGACCAGGGCGUGGUCGCACACGUGCCGACGGUGCUCGCGGACGGCCGCAGCGUCGCGUCAGUUGGGUUCUACGCAGCGGUGGACCUCUACAACGCCGGCGACGCCGUCACCCUCCGCUCCUUCUCCUCGACGCCAACCACCGCCACCACCACCUCACCCCUCACCGCAGCAAGCCAGGCCGCCGCCGCCGGCAGCACCACCACCACCAGCGGCAAGCCCGGCAAGGACCCGCUCUCCCCAGAGGUGACGCGGACAAAGACGGAGAAGCGACGGCUGGACAUGUCGGUGUCGGGCAGCCUGAUCGGCGACAACGGCCUCCAGACCGUGCGCGUGACCAAAAAGUUCUGGAAUUCGAGGAAGACCGUCAACUUCACGUGCUCCCUCACCCAGGCCCUCUUCCACCCGGGCAGCCAGAUCGACCUCGCCGUGAGUAUCGACAAUCGGUCAUCAAAGACGAUUCGGUGUCUGAUCAUUUCGUUCCGGGGCGUGAAGGGCAAGAAGGCGGUCCCGCUGGGCUACUACUCCCACACCAGCUUCUCGUCGACCGAGGGCACCAUCUCCUACGAGCUCCACCUGGAGCUGCCCAUCCGCGGGCACUCCUCGCUCAAGGCCGUGCUCCCGCUCCUUCACAUCCAGGGCUAUCGCACCUCCGCUUCGCCCACCACCAGCACCACGACCACCAGCAACGAGGCCUAG